CUAGAAAGUGCAGUUCACCCGGUGCAACCUGUAAGCGCGCAGUUGUAGUUUCGUCCGUAUUGCGUUGUUGUUGUCCGUUGAAGUUACGACAAUAAAAAACAAAAUGGCAAACAUGAAGCCUAACCCAAAUCCAACUAUAAAGUAUUCAAAAAUAUUUAUCAAUAAUGAAUGGCAUUCCUCAGUAAGUGGAAAAGAAUUUCCCGUUAUCAACCCUUCCAAUGAAAAAGUUAUUAUCCAAGUAGCUGAAGCUGAUAAGGCUGAUGUGGACAUCGCAGUAGCAGCUGCGAGAGCAGCGUUUAAGAGAGGAGCAGCAUGGAGAAAAAUGGAUGCUUCCGCUCGUGGAGAAAUGAUACGAAAGUUGGCAGAUCUUUUGGAUGAAAAUGCAAGUGAACUUGCAAGCAUACAAUCAUUGGAAAAUGGAAAACCUUUUGCUAAUUCAUUCGAGGAAGUUCAGAGGUCAGCUAAGGUAUUUCGUUAUUACGCAGGCUGUGUUGAUAAAAUUCACGGUAGCACUAUACCAGCCGAUGGAGAUGUAUUCGUAAUGACGAGAAAAGAACCCCUUGGAGUCGUGGGUGCAAUUAUUCCAUGGAAUUAUCCAGUAACCAUGGUGGGAAUGAAACUUGGACCGGCCUUAGCUACAGGGUGUACGAUCGUACUGAAACCUGCAGAGCAGACACCUUUAACAGCUCUUUAUAUUGCAAAUCUCACAAAGGAAGCUGGUUUUCCCAAAGGAGUUUUAAAUGUUGUUCCUGGUUAUGGUGAUCCAGCAGGCUCAGCUUUGGCUGAACAUCUUGAUGUCAACAAAGUUGCAUUUACUGGUUCUGUGGGGGUUGGAAAGAAAAUAAUGGAAAUUUCUGCAAGAAGUAAUUUGAAGAGGGUCACCUUGGAACUUGGCGGCAAGAGUCCAUUGGUAGUUUUUGAUGAUGCAGACUUGGAACUGGCUGUUACUUACACUACUCUGGCUUUUCUAAAUGCCGGACAAAUUUGUUUAGCCCCGACGAGAAUAUUUGUUCAAAGUAGCAUUUACGACAAAUUUGUGAGCAUGGUUGUUAAUAGAGCGUCGUCUUUAAAAGUUGGAGGACCUUUUGAACCUGAUGCUUUCUACGGUUCUCAGAUCGACGAUAGGAUAUUCAAAAAGGUUCUGGAUUACAUUGAAAUUGGAAAACGAGAGGGUGCGAAAUUGGAAACUGGUGGAAAUCGCCACGGUUCUGUUGGAUUUUUUGUUCAGCCUACAGUUUUCUCAAAUGUUAGGGACGACAUGACAAUUGCUAAAGAAGAAAUUUUUGGACCUGUUCAGUCACUUUUUAAAUUCGACACCUUGGAAGAAGUAAUUAAAAGAGCAAACAAUACAAGUUAUGGACUGGCUUCUGGUGUUUUCACAAAAAGCCUUGAUAUAGCCCUAGAAUUUUCAAAAGCAAUUGAAGCUGGCACGGUUUGGGUCAACCAGUGGUUCAAACUCACGGGCCAGACUCCGUUUGGCGGUUACAAGCAAUCUGGAAUUGGUCGAGAACUCGGCAUCGAAGCACUUGAUAAUUAUAUGGAAGUUAAAACGAUCAACAUCAAACUGCCAAGUAAUCACUGAAUGGAUAAUAAUUUGGAAAGAUUCAAAUUAAUUCUUGGGUUAACAUAAUCAAUACACCUGAAGGAAUAUUAUCAUUUUAAUUAAUUGUAAUUAUGUAUCACUCAAUAAAAUGUUCAUUUUUUCACCUAAAA